GUUUUAGACAUGAUAGUUUGGUCUCGCAAGAAUUCCAUCGUCGUCGUCACCGUCGCUCGACUCUAGUUCACGACGUCGCGCGCCGACUAGCCGCGCCACCCGCCGCCUCCGCUCCCGCACCCGUUGUGUGUUGUGUCGCAUUCAGCCUCGGGCCGCCGCGGGUUGAGCGCGCGUCUGUUUUGUUAUAUCACAAGCACCGUGCGCAACCUACACCAACACUAAAGCCAUUAGACCUACAUUGCUUGAGAAAGUGAUCAAUCAUUAUCAUCGCGGAACAUGAUAGGUGAAGAAGAACGUGUUCAUCAAUGCGGUGAGUGUGGCUUGACGCUCUCCACCCGAAGUGCACUGACAGCUCACGCGCGAUCUCAUCGAGUUUCUGCUGAUGCUCAUCGUUGUGAUGUUUGUCACAAGACCUUUGCUGUGCCUGCAAGACUAGUUCGCCAUUAUCGAACACACACUGGUGAACGACCGUUCGAGUGUGAGUACUGUCACAAAAUGUUUAGUGUCAAAGAAAAUCUUCAAGUUCACCGCCGUAUUCAUACUAAAGAGAGGCCUUACCGCUGCAAUGUAUGCGAUGCAGCCUUCGAGCAUUCGGGAAAGCUUCACCGUCAUGCUCGAAUCCAUACUGGUGAGCGGCCACAUGCUUGCCCACAUUGUGAUAAAACAUUUAUACAGUCUGGUCAACUGGUUAUUCAUCUGCGAACACACACUGGAGAGAAACCUUAUCGCUGUCCUGCUCCUGGAUGUGGCAAAGGAUUUACCUGCUCAAAGCAAUUAAAAGUGCACUCGCGUACCCACACAGGUGAACGGCCUUACACUUGUGAUAUUUGUCUUCGAGAUUUCGGUUAUAACCAUGUUUUAAAAUUACAUCGUUUUCAACAUUAUGGUGAGCGUUGUUAUCGUUGUACUGUAUGCGAUGGUACAUUUAACACUAAAAAGCAAAUGGAGGCACAUAUAUACAAAGAGCACGGUGCUGAAACUCCACGCACACAAACUUUGCAGUCUUCAGUACCACUAGUAGUAAAUGGUAACGUCAUGUGCGAUUUAGUUGAAGCUGCUCUUCAACAAUUGCCACCAACCCCGCCUAGUUCUCCUCCAUCACCGCAAUGCCAGAGUACGCAGGUUGUGCCUGUCGCUCCUUCGUCAUCUUUAUCACAUGUACCUUUACCAAGUCAAGUAACUCCUUUACAGUAUACCACAGUACAUUCAACGUUACCACCACGGAAGCGUAAAUUUAUUCCUCAGCCGGAACCGGCCCCUGUGCCGGUAGUACGACACACUUCUGUUAUUCAAUUUGCACCUGCUGUGGUUGAUGCUUCCUAGUUAGUUUUAAGACUUAUGUUAUAAUAAUAUUAAGUAUUUAAAUGAAGUGCUUUGUGCUUUAUGAACUGUUGAUGAUGUGCAAGAAUUGUAGCCUCAGUAGUGUAGCGUAAUUUUAUUUCUGUUUUCUUUUUUGAUUAAAGACGAUUGCGUGUAGAAAUAUAAGUACUAUUAUGAUACAUACCUGUCUAAAAAAUAAGAAUUAAAAGACUUCGUAUAAGUGCAUUUGUGCCGUGUUAAUAUAACUUUUAUAUUCAUCUACA